UUGGGCAAUCUACUUAACCUAUGACUCAGUUUCGUCACCUGUAAAGAGAGAGCAACGAGGAUAAUUAUAGUUACUGAGACUGCAAUCUUAUUUGGAAAUGAAGUCUUUGUAGAUGUAGUUAAGGAUCUUGAGGUCAUUCUGGUUUUAGUAUGGGGCCUAAAUCUAAUCACUGGUAGAUAAGAAAGAGAAAGGAGAGGGAAAUCUACUGCACACAGAGACUGGGGAAAAGGUCAUGUGCAGACAGAGGCACACAGUGGAUGAUGUAGCCAUAGCCAGGGAAUGCCAGGAGCCACCAGAAGCUAGACAAGGCAAGAAAAGAAUCUCUCCAGCGCCUUUGGCCCCAUUGACACCUUAAUUCUGGACUUUUAGCCUCUGGAAUUGUGAGAGAAUAAAAUUCUAUUGUUGUCAGUCACCCACGUUGGUGGUAAUUUGUUGUGGCAGCCAUAGGAAGCUGAUACAGAUGAUGAUAAUAGUACCUGGAAGGAGUGUUGUGAAGGUUAAAUGAGUUGCUGUGUGUAGAGUGCUGAGAACAUAAUCUGGAAUACCGUGAGGGCUCUUUUGUAGGUUGUUAUGUAUUGUUAGCUCAUUGAUUCUUACCUAGCAACCCUAUGAAGUCUGUACUAUUAUGAAUCAUCUUGCAUGCAAGGAAUUGGAGGAUUAGAGACAGCAAAGGUGAGGUUGUCUGGACUGUGCUCCAGGUUGAGCCACCCCUCAGAAGUCUAUGGAGUUUGGCUUUGGGGUGAUGGAUCCAGGUGACUUUUGGUUUGGAGGCCCCUCAUAAGGAUGUACUCUCAGCGAAGAUUUAGCAGCUCUGAGCUACCAACGAGAACAGAAGAAUCUGAACUGAAGGUAUUUUGCUCUAAAAACAUACUGAGCAUCCUUGGUUUCUCCUGCAUCAUCGCUGUGAUAGCGUUGCUCGCUCUGGGGCUGACCCAGAACAAAGCACUGCCAGAAAAUGUUAAGUUUGGGAUUGUGCUGGAUGCGGGCUCCUCUCAUACGAGUUUGUACAUCUAUAGAUGGCCGGCAGAGAAGGAGAAUGACACGGGUGUGGUGACUCAGAUAGAAGAAUGCAAGCUAAAAGGUCCCGGAAUCUCAGGCUUUGCUAAAAAAGUAAAUGAAAUCAAUGUUUAUCUGAUGGCAUGCAUGGAAAGAGCCCGGAAAGUGAUUCCGUCAAUCCAGCACACGGAAACACCUGUUUACCUGGGAGCCACGGCCGGCAUGCGGUUGCUCAGGAUGGAAAAUAAACAGACGGCAGACAAGAUCCUGGCUGCGGUUGCAAGCAGCAUCAGCAAGUACCCCUUUGACUUCCAAGGUGCCAGAAUCAUCAGUGGCCAGGAAGAAGGUGCCUAUGGCUGGAUUACUGUCAACUAUUUGCUGGGCAAAUUCACUCAGAAAUUGAGUUGGUUUAACCUGAAGCCAAGCAAAGACAAUACUCAGGAAACCUAUGGAGCUUUAGACCUUGGGGGAGCCUCUACACAAAUCACUUUUGUGCCCCAAAAUGAAACGACCGAGUCUCCAAACAACAACCUGUACUUCCGCCUCUAUGGCAAGAACUACAGUGUAUACACACACAGCUUCCUGUGCUAUGGGAAGGACCAAGCACUUUUGCAGAAACUGGCCCUGGGACUUCAGGGUACACAUGGAAUCAUCCAUGAGCCAUGCUUUCACUCCAGAUACAUGAGGAAAAUGAAGAUGAGUGUCUUCAACGAAGGUUUCUGUACCGAGAGACAUGAGUUGAAUUCUUCAUUUUAUCCACUCAUUGACAUUGAAAUCCGUGGCGCUGGAAACUUCCAACAAUGUCGGCAAAGCAUCAUUCAACUCUUUAACACCAGUUACUGCCCUUACUCCAGUUGCUCCUUCAAUGGGGUUUUCUUGCCACCACUCCAUGGGCAGUUUGGGGCAUUUUCAGCUUUUUACUAUGUGAUGGAGUUUUUAAACCUUACAUCAGAGGAACCAGUAUCUGUGGAAAAGUUGACUGAGAAGUUGGAAGAGUUCUGCGCUCAGCGUUGGGAAGAGGUGCAGAAGAAUUUUGGUGAAGUGAAGGAGAAAUACCUGAGUGAAUACUGCUUUUCUGGCACCUACAUCCUGGUUCUCCUCCUGAACGGCUACCAUUUUACAGCUGAGUCCUGGAAAAAUAUUCACUUCAUGAACAAGGUCCGGAGCACCAGCGUUGGGUGGACUUUGGGCUACAUGCUGAACCUGACCAACAAGAUUCCAGCUGAAGAGCCAAUCUCCCCACCCCUCCCCCACUCCACCUAUGUCUUCCUCAUGGUCCUCUUCUCCCUGAUCCUGCUCGCAGUGAUCAUCGUAGGCAUAGUUGUCUUUCACAAGCCUUCGUAUUUCUGGAAAGACAUGGUAUAGCAGGAGCAGCUGAAAUCUUCCGGCUGGAGUGAGAAAACUCGCCCAGGAAGCACUUAACCUCCACAGUGGGGCACAAGGUCGCCACUCUUGCUCAUCAAGGCCAGUCUUGACCAGCAUGAGGCUUCCUUGGCUUUUGCUAAAGCCUCUCCGUGGGAAGUAUUCACCACCCUCUGCUUCAAGGACUUCCUGGCAGACACUGUCUUUUCUGUGAGUCUUUCCAAACUUCCCCCCUUUCUCUUUUGUACUCUUUGUUUGUAUGGGUCUUAAAGAUCUGCCUCCUUUCAUGAUCAUUGCUUUAUAAAAGAACAAUAUUGACUUUGUCCAAAAGAACUGUGAACCUUGAGUCCUGUGCUGGGAAGCUGCCCUGGCUAAAAGAAGAAUCUUGGGAACUAAUUCAGUUGUGAUCUUACAGACCUGUUUCCCAUUUAUUAAGAAAGCCAUACAAUGCCUUUGGAGAAGACAGACACACACCCAAGCCCAGCCUGCCCUUUCCAUUGGAAAAUUUUCUAGACUAAGCAAAUGUGUGCUAGGGCAAAAGAGUCUUGCAAAGGAAUUUCUGUACUUAUGCAGUAAAUAGUUAAUCCAAGCCAAAAGAGGGUUUUUGCCUAAGUCACAUAUUCCUGGGUGAUGCCAAAAAUGCUACAGAGUGGGACACCCAUACCAGAGAUUAUUUUAAAAGCUGCUGUACAUAUAUAUAUAGGCAUUCAGAUAUCAGGGCAUAUUAUUUAGUUAGGUGUACACAUGUCAGGAAGAAAAAUACAGUUACAACAUAAGGUUGGAAAAAUGUGUCCUCCAAAACAUCUCCUGGGGUUGGUUUUUAUUGUGGUAAAAGGCAUAGAACCUAAAGUUCACCAUUAUAACAUGAACAGUUUAGUGGCAUUUAGAACAUUCACAAUGCUGUGCAACUGCCACUACUAUCCAAGUCCAGAAUGUUUUCAUCACCAAGAAACUGGCUGGGCGUAAGGCCAUCCUGAGGUUGACGGUUCCGUUUUGCUAAACAUGCUAACCGGUUGCACCACAAAGAUGCUCACUGAGAUGUCACUAAAGCCCUGCUAUAUCUUACUGUCCCAGGAUCUAAUUUAGUGAGAGAACUUCAUGAGUGAGAGUGGCAUGCCUUUUUGGUGUCAUGGCAUUUACACAACAAAAUGUGCCAGGGAUCACAUCUACAAGUGUUACUGCUGGUUCUAGGUACUUUUGCUGAAGCAUCUUUGCCAUAGACAUCUUUGCCAUAAGCACUUAUGGCCGCAUUUUCACUGUAGUAAUUGGCUUGGAAGCAAUUUUGCCAUAAAAUAUAAAAUAAUGGAAAAUAAAAGAGGGGCAAUUAAAGGACACAGUGAAAUGAAUAACAAAAUUCAAGACACUAUGAAAUAGAAAAUGUUUGAGUACAUUUAAAAUGUGUGUAGAUUCACAGCAGUACUGUACAAAUAGCUUAUUUUAUUUUGCAGGUUGUACCUAAGCACUUGUCUUCCAAGUCUUUCAUUCAUAGCAUUUUAUACGGGGUUUAUUUUUUUGGCUCAUUGGUUUGUCUCCUCAUUCUGCAUCAUACUUUUUCUUGUUCACUGAAAUGUCUUCCUUCAUAAAGAGCGAUGUACACUUCCAAGUCCUUAGAGGCAUCUCUGUAACUGAGCUUUGUGCUGUGCUGUGAAAGCUUCUACACAGUUGUUUGUUCUUGGCAUAUUGUCACGUGUCCGUUGACAGACAUUCCAAAGUCAUGUGGGAAAUGUGGGUUUCCCUCUCCACCUUCUAGGACUGUGGCCUCUUUCUCCUCCAAAGUAGUGUUUCAAAAUACGAAACCAACUCUUGGGACAAAUCAGUGUCAUAUGCCAGCUCAAUAAAGCCAUCGAUAAUGUUGCCAACUAGAAGAAAUGCUAACACAUUUCAACCAGUUGAAACCAAACUGUCAAACCAAAAACUCCCACCUCGGUUAUUUUAUCUUUCAUGAAGAAUGUGCCUUAUAGGCAAUGAGUUAUUUGAUGAAAAUGUUUGCCGCAAAAACUCUUGUGGCAGAGGUGUCGAUGGCAAAGAUACUUAUGGUGAAGGUGCCUAGAACUCAUUUCAACAUGUAAGUAAUAUGUAAUUAAUGAGAUUUAUUAUUUUUUAAUAUUAAGUUUUUGAAAUCUGUUGUGUAUAUUACACUUAGAGCACACCCUAAUCCGGACUACGUUUUAAGUGCUGGAUAGCCAUGUGUGACUAGUGGCUACCGUAUUAAACAGCACAUAUCAAAAAGUACAUUCAAAGCUAAAAAAACACAGGCAAUAAUAUUUUGUCUUUCUCUGGGUGGGGGAACUUCUUUAAACAGCUAUAAAUGCUAUAACAUCCUUGCUAUUAUUUAUUAUAUAUGAAGUUUAACAUUAUCCUUAACAAGCUUUUAACAUCCCAGCUCAGAAUUUCACAUUAUUCCUCAGGUUUUGUUGCAUUUUUUUGUGACAAUAGAGAUGCCUGUCAUUCAGACCAAGAUGCUUGAUGAUUAAUAACCCUAAACUUUAGAAAAUUUAAUCUGGAUUUAAAGAUAAUACAAGAUAAUUUGGCUGCUUAUAUUCUAUAGUCAAAGUGUAAAUUUGAAUACUAAAAUAAAGAUUAGUCUCUUAAGCGCUCACAAAGUUUACCAUAUAAUAGUAAAGUUACUAUUAAAAUAUAUUCUCAUGUAUUGUCGGUUUGAAAGACGAGUUAAAUUUCGCCAAAAUGGUUUCAUCCCUCUCUGAUUCAGAGUCUGAUAAUUGCUAUCUUGUUUUAACAUAACAAGUUGCUCACAAUUAGCCAGGCAUUUCAGUUUGUACUAGUUUUUUUUUUUUUUUUUUUAAUUUCUUAUAACGACCUCAAAAUUUCAGUGGCUUACCACAAUAAACAUUGAUUUUCAUGUUCCUGGGUCUCAAAUCAGCUAGUACCUCUACUUCCGGCAGUAGGUCAAGUUCAGGCCUGCUCCAUGUAUCUCCCACUCUCCUUGAUUGGUGGCUUCCUGAGCCAUGUUCUGAGUAGAAGGGUCACAAAAAGGACAGAAAAUUCAGGAUGCCUCUUCAGGUCUUGGCCCAGACAUGGCCCUGUCACUUCCAUUCACAUUCUACUGACCAAAAUAAGUCAUAUGACCAACCCCAACUUUACCAAUUGAAGAAACACUGGGGAAAAUGGCAGAGUCAUGUGACAAAGGACAUGAAUGACUAAUUGUAACAGAAAAUUCAUGAAACACUGGGCACAAUGAUUCAGUCUACCACAGUUUCUCAUGAACUAAAACAUAAAGUAUGUUUUCCAUAAACUGAAAUCUACUUAUCUUGCCAAAGAAUAGUCUUAAAAAUAUGUCAUUUCCUCCAAGACAUCAUCAAUUCCAUCUUCUUUCCACAGCCUUAACCAGGAUGCUCUGGCACCUCCCACAUUAGUCUCACAUUCUAAAAUGACAGAUUAACUAAGAGACCAUCUAUUUAUUUUCCUUAUAUGUUUAAGACAGUGUAUAGUUAACUACUCAAGUUUUUAUUUGCACAAGAAUCUAAUACAACUGAACAUAAUUGGUUUAAUCACAGGUACAAUAGUUAUUUUAAUUAAUUGGGAAAAGAAUGUCUGCAUAAGCCUUCUUCUCUCAAAGUGGCAUUUAAGACUCCAUGUUUUAAAAGUGUUGUUAUGCCUUUUGUAUUUCUCUAUUUUAAGUAAAUGAAUUUCUAAAUUUAUAUUGAUGAUAUAAUGAUGGAAUCACCCUCAUCAGCACCUGAGUUGACUUUUUAUUUCUAUAUCCCUUUUGCACGAUGAGUAUCAGAGAACAUGAGUCAAUGAAAAGUGAGAUACAGUCUCCUAAGAAACAACAUCAUUUCUUUUUUUCUUUUUUGGCUUGAUCCUAUUUGAUUACAUUAAUUUUAAGGAAAAACCAAUACAAUAUUGUACAGUUAAAAAAUAAAAUAAAACAACAUCAUUUCUUAUAGCAAGGUUCUGAGAGGGGAGGAAAGUCCUGUGAUAGGGAACAGUGUUUAUUUAGGAUGACUUAUACUGAGCUCUACCUUUCCUCAUAAACUUGCUCCUCCUCCUGCAUUUUAUCAUGAUUAACACCACCACUCCCUUAAGGAACCAAGAUUAGAAUCAACUUUAUCAGUGUUGAAGUGACAGGGGCUUGUCCUGGCCAAGACUUUCCCAUUCUGCCUUUACAGCAUUUUUCAUUUUGAUUCCCCUUUCCAAUCUUGUGAUUACCACCCCAGUAGAAACCUGAUAUCAAGAACAAUGAUCUUGUCUCCAAUAUAUUGCUUUCAGAUUAAUCAAUAUUUGCUAAACAGUUUGGAGACAAUUAGUGUCCCAUGUCAUGUUAAUGCUUGUCCUGUGGGGGAAACAAGAGUUCUGUGCUCAAAUAAUUUGGGGAAAUUCUGGGUUAAAUAAAAUUUAAUAAAUUAUUUUUUUUAAUGUA